AUGUCCAACACUUUGCCAGAAAGUAGCAGGUUUGCAGACGAGAACGGUGCUAAUGAUGAACUUGUUCAAACAAGUGCAAGUUCUGUAACUGAAGAAAACAAUCAUACCACUAGUGAGUCUGCUGACGUCUCGGAUGCAGCACAAAACAGCAAUAUAACUGAUGAAGAUAAUGACUCGUACGAAGAUGUCGUAUUUGAUUUUGGCGCGAAUAAUACCGACGUCAAUAUGGCUGAGGACAUAACAGUCCUUGGGCUUGAUGAAGAACAUCCUAUUAUUCGAGUUGGCGCUAUGGUUUUUCGAGGCACUUGGCAUCACACUAUAGGUACAGAUUUACAUGUUCCUGUUCGUACAGAUGGUAAUCUGCAAACACGAGACAUUUUGCCCUCAUCUCGACAUCUGGUCUUGGAACAAAUUCGGUUAAUUCCUAAAGGCAGCAAUUCAAAAAACGCUGAUGCAGACGCCACGUUGAGCGGUAUUGUUUCUGCUUCUACAAACGAAGCAGAAAGCGAUAUGGCUGUGGAUACUCCUGAUGGUCAGAUGAACAAUGAGUCUAAAAAUUCUUCACUCUCUCAAGAAGAAAGUUCUAAAGAUGAUGAAACGCAUUCUAAAAUGUCUACGACACAAGAUUGA